AACGCGCAUGCAAAUGCAAUUUUUUGUGUACUAGUUUUCCUCACUCACAAAAAUUAAUCGACAAUUCGAUUACUGGGUUGUGUGAAUUUAUUUAGAUAAUUUCACAUAAUUGCUGUGGCAUUUAUUACCUAAAUGUCGUAUACGAUUGGUUUUAAUCAACAACAGUGAUGUGAUAGUGUAGAUUUCAAUAAAACUGGCGCAUAUUGCAAUGUCGGCUAAAGACAAGUGGGUACGCCGGUUCUCGGUUGACGAAACAGCAAAACACAAGAAUGGAUUUACUAUUUACAAGAUUACUUCUGUGUUGUUCCCGAUCCAGUCCCCGGAGGCUCUGACAGUGGUAUCGGUGUGGAAGAGGUACAGUGAUGUCCAGAGACUACACAAGAGCAUGCGCUCCCUACAUGCAGGGUUACACCUGCGAGGCACCUUCCCAUCUCUACCACGAUACAGCUUCUUCAAGAGAUUCCAGCAGGAGGUGAUCACGGAGCGAGCUAAGACUAUAAAGUCUCUGUUGGAGUUUGUAGCUGAACACCGACUGCUAUUCACCAGUACUGACUUUGUCAACUUCCUACAGACCGGCUACCCUGAACCGACGCCUCAAGCAGGCGGAGUGAUCAACGCGAUCAGAUCGUCCUUACACCUGCCCAUAGAGGAGACACCUCCAUUGGAGUAUCAGACUGAUGAUGACGAUACUUCUACACCUACACAUACUGCACGAGCAGCCACAGAGUCGUCGCACGCAUCCAUCACAAGUCGAGACGAACCAGACUUCAUCUCACAAAUACCCAUCUACGAAGCAGCCGACGUCGAGAUCCGACGUUCACCGAAAAAGGUCUCGCCGACCGACAGCUUCGAAUCCAUCAACUCAAUAGAAAGCAUCGACAGCGACCUCUAUGACGAACUAAACAAACUCACAGUGGAUAAAAAGCCCAGUGUCAAAACUAAAUCAGUGUUACCAGACUUAAUAAUAUUCGAUGCACCGUCAACGUCAAAAUAUGAUGAUUUUGAUACAGUGUCUCUAAGUUCUAACGUUUGUUCCUCGACUUCUUGUGAUGUGGACUCUAGACGGAGUAGUUCGCGAGUGUCGUUGUACAGUAAAAGUGUCGUGUCCUUGUCUAACGCGGAGUGUAAGACGAAGACGGAGGAUAGUUAUGUGUUUGAAGCUGGGUAUAUGUUGAAUCUGGCGGCGCGGUGUGAAGAUAUGGGUGACUACCAGCGAGCCUUUGAGUGUUACAAGUCUGGUAUUGAGAAGAUGCUUAUUGGUGUACAAAGUAAGUAUGUAAUAGAUUCUCAAAAUCGACCAAUAAGGUCUUGCAGGCAGUUAUGAAAACGUUGAUAUAACAUUUGACCGAUUAUCUACAUAGUACCGCGACUGGUCACCUGGCAAUGGGGCCUACCGUACCGUAGUUUUGCUCACCACCAGAUGGUGCUAGUGUGUACAUAUCGCUCUUCGUCCAAUAGCGAAUUAGCUAGUCACUAGUGUAACAACAUUGGACGUUGAGUAUUUGACAGCUGCAGCGAUUGAACAAAAAUCCCGUCCUACUACACAUUUGCGCUUUCAGGCGAACAAAAAAGAACGUUAGUUCCAUUGAAAACGGCAACUAAUCUAUAGAUCAAAAAGUAGGAUAGUUAUACGCUUACGAUGGCAUACUACAGUGCACAGGUUUUCGA